AUGCCAAAGCGCGUUCACAGUGCUAGCGACCGUGAUGAUAGCAAUGAGUCAACCAGUACAUCAAAACGUACUCGGAAAGCAACUGAAUUAAAUAAUCUUUGCCAAGAAUACUACGAUACUUUUCAAUCGUACAAAUCUGAAGAUGGCAGACUUCUUUGUGAAAAUUUCAUUCAAUUACCAAGCAAAAGGGCAAACACCGAUUAUUUUACUUCAAUAAAAGAACCAAUUGAUUUAACUGAAAUUCAACAAAAAAUUCAUUCAGAUCAAUAUGAUUCUUUCGAACAAUUUCUUGAUGAUAUUGAGUUAGUUAUAAAUAAUGCUAAAAAUUAUUAUCGAAAAAAUUCUAUGGAAUGGAAAGAUGCAAAUGAAUUAGCAAAAUAUUUUUAUUCAAAAGCAAAAUCUCAGUCAAUUGAUUCUUAUUAUUUUGAAGAAUUUUUUACAGCUAUUUACAAUAUUCGAAUUGAUAAUCGUCCAAUAACGGAUAUAUUUUUAUUUUUACCUUCACGAAAAAUUUAUCCUGAUUAUUAUUUAAUAGUAACAAAGCCAAUCGAUUUAAAAAUGAUUGCAAUUAAAAUACAAACUAAUGAAUAUUCAUUACUUGAUGAUAUGGAGAAUGAUUUAUUAUUAAUGAUUUCUAAUGCAAGAAAAUAUAAUGAUCCAAAAUCACAAAUUUAUAAAGAUGCAUGUGCAUUGAAAAAAAUUAUUACUAAUGUUAAAAAUGAACUUGAUGCAGCAUUAAAGACACCCAAUGAUCGAUUAAGACUUUGUAAACGUGAUGUUCUUUUAUCAUCGGAAGUCGCAAAUAUGGAAUAUCCAGAAGAACCCGAUGAUGAAGAAAUAAUUCAACAAACAAAUGAUGAUGCUGGUUCAGAAACAAGUUCUCUUGGUGAUGAAGAUGAUUCAUAUAGAAUAUUAUAUAAUAGUAUUAGAAAUUAUAAACUUGGUGCUCAAAGUUUAAUCGAUCCAUUUAUGAAAUUACCUAAUAAAAGGUUUCAUCAUGAUUAUUAUGAAGAAAUAAAACGACCAAUUGCUAUGUCUUUAAUUAAAAAUCAUAUAAAAAAAGGAAAAUAUACAGAUUUAGGUGAUCUUGUAGAUGAUUUGAAAUUAAUGUUUGAUAAUGCAAUGCAAUAUAAUCAAGAAGGAUCAUUGAUAUAUAAUAGUGCUAAAAAAUUAUUAGAUGUUACUUUAGUCAAAGCUCAUGAACUUGGUUAUGAUGAACAAAAACCACGAUUAAAAGAAGCUCGUAUUAACAUUCCAAUGAUUACAAUCAAAGAUGAAUAUUUAGUAUCGUCGAGUCCUCAAUCACCCAAUUUUCAACGACAUCGACCAACAAAAAAACCUAUAAAAACUACCGAACAAAAUAUUCAAUCAAUCUAUACUUUUAUUCGAGAAUAUCGAGAAAAUGAUAUUGGAUUAAUCGCACCAUUUUUAGAAUUACCAUCAGCUGAAGAAUAUCCGGAUUAUUAUGAAACAAUAGAACAACCUAUUGAUAUGGCAACAAUAAAAGAUAAAAUUGAUAAAGGAAUUUAUAAACGUGAACAAGAUAUUAUUGAUGAUUUAAAUCGAAUGUUUAAUAAUGCUAAAGUUUAUAAUGUUGAUGAAUCUUAUAUAUUCAAAUAUGCUUCACGUCUUGAACAAGCAUUAGCAAAUAAAUGUAAAACAAUACUGAUUAAAAAAGAAAGAACACCACAAUCAAAUCGAACAUUAACUAAAAAGCCUUUAAAUACUUUACAAGAUAAAAUUUCUUAUCUAAUUCAAUGUAUAAAAGCUUAUACAAAUCGUUAUGGACGAACAUUAUCAACAGUAUUUGUAACAUUACCAUCAAAAAUUGAUUAUCCAGAUUAUUAUGAAAUAAUUCAAAAACCUAUUGAUCUUAAACGUAUUGAAUUGCGACAAUAUUCUUCAAUUAAUGAUUUAUCAAAUGAUUUACAAUUAAUGUUUGAUAAUGCAUUGUUAUAUAAUGAACCUGGUUCAAUGAUUUAUCGAGAUGCAUUGAAUCUUCAACGAUUAUUUAUUGAAAAAAAGCGAGAAUUUAUAUCGAAUGAUAAUGUACAAAAUUUAGUUUGUGAACUUUUAAUUUGUUUAUUCAUACAAACAUUUAAUAAUGAAGAUCAAGAUGGUCAAUAUGUUAGUGAUUCAUUUUCAGAAUUACCUGAACAAGCAGAAAAUGAACCAUUUGAUAUUGUAUAUACAUUUGAUCUGAUUAGACAAAAUCUUGAUCAGCGACGUUAUCGUCGAUUAGAUGUUUUUCAAAAUGAUCUAUUUAAAGUCUUUGAACGUGCUAGAAAAUUAAGACCAACUCAUUCAAAGGUUUACCAAGAUUCAAUUAAAUUACAAAAAUAUUAUAUUCGUUUACGUGAUGAAAUAUGUCAGCAUGGUAGUUUACUACGAUCACCAGCACUUCUAUUUAAUGAAGAUCGUCUACAACAAGAACUUGUUCGUGAACGAUCAGAAAAAGAUUUAAUGUCUAAUACUAAUAGUCAAAACAGUAUAUCACCAGCUAAAUCAUCUGAUUCUGAUGAACAUAAAGUUUCUCCAACAAUAUUAACAUCACCGAUAGAAAAAAGUUCGUUAUCCAAAGGUCAAACUUAUUAUCUAGGUGAUUUCGUCUAUAUUGAACCUAAUGAUGAAACAAAUGAACCACUUAUUGUCUGUAUUGAAUCUUUUGGACAUAAAAAUAAUGAAGAUUAUUUAAGUGGUUUACAAUUUGUUCGACCUAAUGAAACAUAUCAUACACCAACACAUAAAUUUCUUCGUCAAGAAGUUUUCUUAACUCAAACAAUUGAAUAUAUACCAAUGAACAAAAUUCAAGGUUUAUGUUAUGUUUUACAUGCAAAGGAUUAUUUUAAAUAUCAACCAAUGAUUGAUGAUCAAAUGUCAUUUCAAGAUCAAGAUGUUUAUGUAUGUGAAUCACGUUAUAAUAUAAAAACAAAAGUAUUUAAAAAGAUCAAAUCAUGGAAUAUACCAGAAAAUAAACGAGUCAAAUUAAUUCAAAGAGAUAUUCCACUUGAAAAUAUACGUAUAUCAUCAAUAUUAGUUAAUAAUAAUUUAGUACAUCGAUCAUCAACAACAGAUAAUGAAUUAAUAAGUAUAGAUAUUAUUGAAAAACCUAAAGAAACAAUUUUAUAUGAUUCAGUUAUCAAUGAUAAAUUAAAUGAAAAUUCAUCAAUAAAAAGAAUAUUUUAUGAACAAAUUGUGAUUUCAACACAUAUUUUUUACAAAGUUGGCGAUUUUGUAUAUGUUAAUAAUAUUGAAAAUAAUAAUAAUAAUAAUAAUAAUAUAUCCAAUAAAAAAUUUAUUCUUCGUAUUGAUAAAAUUUGGAAAGAUAAUGAUUUGUAUUGUAUAAGUGGUCCAGUAUUUAUUCAACCAUCAGAUAUUAUCAAUCGUGAUCAAUUGAUUAUUGCAGCAAAAUGUUCUUAUGAACGAGAACUUAUUAAACGUGAUGGUCCAAGUACACAAAUUACACUUAAUAAUAUUCAAGGCAAAUGCUCAGUCCUUUCAUUGAAACAUUUCUGUACACAUCGUUUAACUGAAAUUUCUGAAUCGGAUGUUUAUGUUUGUGAAUCAAAAUAUGUUAGUGAUGAUCAUAGUCUUCGUGGUUUAUCAAAGCCAUUAAAAAGAAUAUCAUUAUCGUUAAAAGCAACUGCUGAUGAAAUUUGGACUUUUCGUAAAGAACUGAUACUCAAACAAGAAACUCCUGGUGGUCUAUUCAAAGCAGUUGAUGAAAGUUCAGCUAUGGAAGUUGAUGAUCAAUUCAAUAGUAAUCUCGAUGGAGGUGAACAUCAAUCGAAUCAUAUGAGCUAUGAUACGAUCAAUAAUAGUAUUAAUUUUAAUUCAUCAUUCUCUAAUCGAUAUAGUAAUAAUCGAGUAAGUAAAUAUAAACAUACUAAUGAUGGAAAACUUCCAACUGAUAAUUCGCUUUUGAAUUGA